AGGCCCGAGCCCAUGGUCCGGGAGGUGUCGCCGCCGCUCCGGGAAGGGCAGGGAGUGAAACUAUGUAGCCUUUUAAGAGUCUCACUUUGCCCCAUCUGAAGUCCAUAUGGCUCUUUAUGAUGAAGAUCUCCUGAAAAAUCCUUUCUACCUGGCCCUUCAAAAGUGGCGUCCCGACUUGUGCAACAAGGUGGCCCAAACCCAUGGCAUUGUCUUAGUGCCCUGCAAAGGAAGCCUGACCAACAAUAUUCAGUCUACUUGUCAGUUUGAGUCCUACAUUUUGAUACCAGUGGAAGAACACUUUCAGACCCUAAAUGGAAAGGAUGUCUUUAUACAAGGAAACAGGAUUAAAUUAGGAGCUGGUUUCGCCUGUCUUCUCUCAGUGCCCAUUCUCUUCGAAGAAACUUUCUACAAUGAGAAAGAAGAAAGUUUCAGCCUGCUGUGUAUAGCCCACCCUUUGGAAAAGAGAGAGAGUUCAGAAGAGCCUUCAGCACCUUCAGAAUCCUUUUCCCUGAAAACCAUCGAAGAUGUGAGAGAGUUCUUGGGAAGACACUCGGAGAGAUUUGACAAGAACAUUGCCUCUUUCCAGCGGACAUUCAGGGAAUGUGAAAGAAAGAGCCUCCGUCAUCACAUAGACUCAGUGAACGCUCUCUACACCAAAUGCCUCCAGCACCUUCUGAGGGACUCACACCUGAAAAUGCUUGCCAGGCAUGAGGCCCAGAUGAGCCUGAUGAAGCAGGCGGUAGAGAUGUACGUCCAGCAUGAUAUUUAUGAUCUGAUCUUUAAAUAUGUGGGGACCAUGGAGGCAAGCGAGGAUGCCGCCUUUAACAAAAUCACAAGAAGCCUUCAAGAUCUCCAGCAGAAAGAUAUUGGUGUGAAACCCGAGUUCAGCUUCAACAUACCUCGUGCAAAGAGAGAACUGGCUCAGCUGAACAGAUGUACCUCCCCACAGCAGAAGCUGGUUUGCUUGCGAAAGGUGGUGCAGCUAAUUACACAGUCUCCGAGCCAGAGAGUUAACUUGGAGACUAUGUGUGCUGAUGAUCUGCUAUCAGUCCUGUUAUAUUUGCUUGUGAAAACAGAAAUACCUAAUUGGAUGGCAAAUUUGAGUUAUAUCAAAAACUUCAGAUUUAGCAACUCAACAAAAGAUGAAUUGGGAUACUGCCUGACCUCAGUUGAAGCGGCAAUCGAAUAUAUUCGGCAAGGAAGCCUCUCUGUUAAACCGCCGGAGUCUGAGGGAUUUGGUGACAAGCUGUUCCUCAAACAGAGAAUGAGCUUACUGUCUCAGAUGACUGCAACUCCCAUUGACUGCCUGUUUAAGCACAUUGCUUCAGGUAACCAAAAAGAAGUAGAAAGACUUCUGAGCCAAGACGACGCAGAUAAAGAUGCCAUGCAAAAGAUGUGCCACCCUCUGUGUUUCUGCGAUGACUGUGAGAAACUUGUCUCUGGGAGGUUGAAUGACCCCUCAGUCGUCACUCCAUUCUCCAGAGAUGACAGGGGUCAUACACCACUCCAUGUGGCUGCCCUCUGUGGCCAGGCAUCCCUCAUUGACCUCCUGGUUUCCAAAGGCGCUGUGGUGACCGCCACGGACUACCAUGGGUCAACGCCGCUUCACCUCGCGUGUCAGAAGGGCUAUCAGGGCGUGACGCUGCUGCUGUUGCACUACAAGGCGGGCGCGGACGUGCAGGACAGCAACGGCAACACCCCGCUGCACCUGGCCUGCGCGCACGGCCACGAAGACUGUGUAAAGGCUUUGGUCUACUAUGACGUGCAGUCAUGCAGACUAGAUAUUGGUAAUGAGAAAGGAGACACUCCCCUACACAUAGCUGCACGCUGGGGUUACCAAGGCAUCAUAGAGACGUUGCUACAGAAUGGAGCCUCCACAGAGAUCCAGAACAGACGGAAAGAAACACCCCUCCAGUGUGCAUUAAACUCAAAGAUUCUGUCCAUAAUGGAAGCCCGCCAUCUGUCUUGUGAAAGGAGGCAACGGUCUGCAGAGGUCCCUGUGCCACCCCCUCCACACUCCAUGGAUUCCAUCAGCCAGGGGUCCUCGCGCUCCAGCUUCUCCUCUGUGUCCAUCAGCUCCAGACGGGGGGAGCCCAAGAAGGAUUACAGAGAGGUAGAAAAACUUUUAAGAGCAGUUGCCGAUGGAGAUCUAGAAAUGGUGCGUUACCUUCUGGAGUGGACUGAGGAGGACCUGGAGGAUGUGGAGGAUGCUGUUGGCACUGCGGAGCUUGAGUUUUGUCACCCCUUGUGCCAGUGCCCAAAAUGUGCUCCAGCUCAAAAGAAGCUGGCAAAGAUUCCUGCCAGUGGGCUCGGUGUGAAUGUGACCCACCAGGAUGGCUCCUCCCCACUGCACAUCGCUGCCCUGCACGGCCGGGCGGACCUCAUCCCCCUCCUUUUGAAGCACGGUGCCAGCGUGGGUGCCAGAAACGCCAACCAAGCUGUCCCGCUCCACCUGGCCUGCCAGCAAGGCCACUUUGAGGUGGUGAAGUACCUGUUAGAUUCCAAUGCAAAACCCGAUAAAAAGGAUGUGAGUGGAAACACACCCCUCAUUUACGCCUGUUCCAGUGGCCACCAUGAGGUCGCAGCACUGUUGCUACAGCAUGGGGCUUCCAUCAAUGUCUCUAACAACAAAGGCAACACCGCGCUGCAUGAGGCUGUGAUAGCGAAGCACGUCUUCGUCGUGGAGCUGCUGCUUCUGCACGGAGCGUCGGUCCAGCUCUUGAAUAAGAGGCAGUGCACAGCUAUAGACUGUGCUGAGCAGAAUUCAAAAAUAAUGGAAUUACUUCAGGUAGUACCAAGCUGUGUGGCCACGUUAGACGAUGUUGGCGAAACAGACCACAAGGAGUACGUUACUGUUAAGAUCAGGAAAAAAUGGAACUCAAAUAUGUAUAAUCUACAAGAUGAACCUUUUAAAAGACAGUUUUACUUUGUCCACUCAGUUGGUCAGUUUAAGGAAAGGACUUCAGGGGAGAUUAUGGCAAGAGAUAAAAGUGUCCCUAAUUUUACUGAAGACUCUUUACAUGAGCCAGGGAGGCAAAAAGUCACACAGAAGCAGAAGAAGCUGUCAGACCAGAGCAGAUCUCAGACUGCUGAUAAAGGAGACGGUGAUCAGCCCGAGAGGCCUGGGCAGAAACAACCUGCUCCUGGAAACAGGCGAAUGCUCCGUAGAAACACUGUCAACGAUGCAGCUGUACUGAAGGACCCAGAGACUGCUAGCAACCUAACCACUCCCCAAGAGGCUAGUAUUUCCCAGUCUUAACAGUAAUAAGGAAUUAAUUUGCUGCCAUGAAGUGAGUCCUUAGCAAGAUGUCAAGCACGAAUACAGCUUAGAACUAAAUGUAAUUUCUGUUUGGCUUGAGAGAAAGCAGAAAGUUCCUGAAAGUUUUUCUAUGGCUCGAAGAAUACAACAAAGAAAAGGAUCACCAUCUCUUUCCUCUUCAGAGCUAAUGAAUAUCCUUGAAAAGGAACAGACAAAAAUUCCAGUGGUGUCAGAUCCUUAAGACCCGGGUAUAUGUUUCUUCUUAAUUUUUUUUAAUUGAUUUAGAGAGACAGGAAGGGAGAGAAACAUCGACUUGUUGUUCCCCUAUUUAUGCACUCAUUGGUUGCUGCUUGUAUGUGCCCUGACGAGAGAUCAAACCCGCAGUCUUGCAUUGGGACAAUGCUCUAACCAACUGAGCUACCCAGCUAGGGCUGUUUUCUUCGUAGAUAUUAGGGUUCCUUGGUUACAAGGAGAGGUUUCAUCGCCAGAUUCUGACCUCCUCCUCCUGAAAGGUGCUAAACCUCUGUGACGUAUAUAAAUGAACAAACCACAAGCUAAAAGAAUUCUUCCAUCUGGGAUGAACUAAAGAGAAGAAAUUUAGGUUUUAUGGUACUGUGGAGGCCUGACAGAAAGGUCCCAUAUG